CAGCAAGCACGGUACAACUGCGAGGUACUUCGUUACGACAGUCCUCUCUCCGCAUUCCUACCAGCCAUGAUAUGUUUCUAAGAGAACCUGAAUAACAACCCAAAGGACACUGUGGGGUCUACUUCUUGGCCCCCAGGACUACAACAGCAGGGACUUUUCAUGGCUGUGGUAGUGGUGACAAUUUGUUUUUAAGUUGCAUUGUCCUGUUCCAGCACGAAGUGAACAGCCCUGUUCUGCUCCCUGUCUGGGACAUCCUCUGACUGUCCUCUAGAGCUGUCGAGCUCUGCUAAAUAUGGCCCUGGCCAGAGUGUUCACAAUCCCCACUGGUUCCGAGACCUCCGUCCACCACCGAUGUGACAUUCUUUGUGUUCAAAUGUCUAGCUGACGUCUGAUGCUUAAAACAGCCCAUGCCUUCACCCCCUCCGCAUUGUCACAGCCCUGCAUCACCAGUCUUAAAAGGCUACAGCAGCCACGGGAGGCACCAGUUGUUGCCCUGCCUGCCCACUUGCCUCCCUGCCUGCGUCUGGCGGUCUUGAAUGCCUGGUUCUUCAAGCUCCCUGUGGGUCUGACAACGAAGGGACCAUGUCUACCUUUGGCUACAGACGAGGACUUAGUAAAUAUGAAUCCAUAGACGAAGACGAACUCCUUGCUUCCCUGACAGCCGAGGAGCUGAAGGAGCUAGAGAGGGAGCUGGAUGACAUUGAACCUGACCGCAGCCUUCCAGUGGGGCAAAGGCAAAAGAGUUUAACUGAGAAAACCCCCACGGGGACAUUCAGCAGAGAGGCUCUGAUGGCCUAUUGGGAAAAGGAGUCUCAGAAGCUCUUGGAGAAGGAGAGACUGGGGGAGUGUGGAAAGGUUGCAGAAGAAGAGAAAGAGGAGAGUGAGGAAGAGCUUAUCUUCACGGAGAGCAACAGUGAGGUUUCCGAAGAGGUGUACACCGAAGAGGAGGAGGAGGAGGAGGAGUCCCAGGAGCAAGAAGAGAGCGAGGAAGAAGAGAGCGAGGAAGAGGAAAGAGCGGCUGAAGCUGCCAAAGGUGUCAACGGAACUCUCAACUGUGAUGGUGUCUGCGCCGACAGCGCUAAGCCCAAGAUAUUUAAAAGUCAAAUAGAAAACAUCAACUUGACCAAUGGCCACAGUGCAAGGAGGGCUGAAUCUCCCGCUGCCAUACACCCCAGUGGCAAUCCCACAGUUAUCGAAGAUGCUUUGGAAAAGAUUAGAAACAAUGACCCCGACAUGGUGGAAGUCAACCUGAACAACAUAGAGAACAUCACGACGCCGACCCUCACCCGCUUUGCUGAAGCCCUCAAGGACAACACGGUGGUGAAGACAUUCAGCUUGGCCAACACGCACGCCGACGACGGCGCGGCCAUAGCCAUCGCGGAAAUGCUCAAAGUCAAUGAGCACAUCACCAACGUCAACAUCGAGUCCAACUUCAUCACGGGCAAGGGCAUCCUGGCCAUCAUGAGGGCGCUGCAGCACAACACGGUGCUCACGGAGCUGCGCUUCCACAACCAGAGGCACAUCAUGGGCAGCCAGGUGGAGAUGGAGAUCGUCAAACUGCUCAAGGAGAACACUACCCUGCUGAGGCUCGGCUACCACUUUGAGCUGCCCGGGCCCAGGAUGAGCAUGACAAGCAUUCUGACCAGGAACAUGGAUAAACAGAGGCAGAGGAGGAUGCAAGAGCAAAAACAGCAGGAGGGGUCUCCCGGAGGAGCCAAUCUUAGGACCAAAGUCUGGCGAAGAGGAACGCCCGGCUCCUCACCCUAUGCCUCUCCCAGGCACUCGCCCUGGUCCUCCCCCAAACUCCCCAAGAAAGUCCAGACAGGGAGGAGCAGGCCUCCGUCUCCCGUGGCUACACCCCCACCUCCUCCACCGCUUCCCCCACAAAAGCUCCCGCCCCCACCGCCCCCACCCCCGCCGCCACCCCCGGAGAAGAAGCUCAUCACCAGAAACAUUGCGGAAGUCAUCAAACAACAGGAGACCGCCCAAAGGGCUAUGCAAAACGGACAGAAAAAGAAAAAAGGGAAAAAGGCUAAGAAACAGCCCAACAAUAUCCUAAAGGAAAUAAAAAAUUCUCUGAGAUCAGUGCAAGAGAAGAAAACGGAAGAGGGUUCCCGCCCGUCCACCCCACAGAGGUCAGCGCACGAGAAUCUCAUGGAGGCAAUUCGAGGAAGCAGCAUAAGACAGCUAAGGCGGGUGAGUAAAUUUAGAGCAAACAUCCAGGCACGGAAUUAGUCCAUGGGUCCGACGCCAA